UUGUGAGCGCAUUAUUUUUUUUUUUUCGGAUGAAGAAUUCUGCUGUUCCGUUUUGCUUUAGUAACUUCAGAACAAAAAUAAGCAAUUAGAUAAACAAAUGGGAAAAGAACGAAAGAAAAGCACAUAAAAUAAUAGUUCGCUGGAAUAAAAAACUUUGCUUUAAAUAGGAAAAAUCAUGGAGCGUUGAAAAACUGGUCGUAAUAUUUACUUAUUACGGAAGGGGGAUUAAAAAAAACCUUUUGAGAAAGCUUUUUUUGCGACUUUCUCAUUUGACGUGACCUUGCCAACCCUGUUAUUUGUGUUGGAAUAAAUGAAUGGAAGAAAUGGAAAUUAAAUCAGUAACCUUGUUUAUCACCUGAUAUAUGACAACACCUAUACUGUAUUUAUUGUUUUUGUUUUACCUGUCGCACAUAAAACAAAAUACGAAUAAAAUAAUUAGUCAAUCUGAAUAGAAUUGAAGUUUCUCAUUUUAUUGGGUGUGGAGUAUGCAUUGAGUGGUUCAAGAACUCCCACCAGCUUUGAUAAGCUUUCCAUUCCAACACCAAGAAUGGAUGGAUAUGGAUUAUCUUUGGCUACUCUGGAAGAUAGUCAAGAUAUUGAAUUGGAUGCCAUUUUAGGGGAGCUUUGUGCCUUAGAAAGUCAGCUGGAUCCAGAUCUUUCGCACAGGGGCCAUGCACGGAGUGUCAGCACUGUCAUCCAAAAUAACAUCACUGGAGAAAACAUUCGGUAUUCAACUUCUGGGAUUUCUCUUUGCCCGGAAGUCCCUCCUUCCACCCAAAUGGGACCCAAACGCUUUUUUACACACCGGAGAUCUAGCUCUGGAGGUGGCAGUAGAUCAAAAUUCGAAGUGAGUGGAGAUAUGGACUGUGAUGAUCAAAUAAAAAAUCACAAAAUGGAAUUAGGACUGAGAACAGACAGUCCUGACAAUGAUUCCGCCUUCUCGGAUAGUGUUUCGAUGCUCUCAUCUGAAUCAUCUGUAUCAUCAGGUGGAAGGACCGAUACGGGAAUUUCUAGUCAAGGUUCAUCGAAAACUAACAGUAUUGCUCUUAUACCAUCCCCUACGCAACUUUUGGAUAACAUUUCAAGACGCCUUCAAGCCUUAAAAGUGGAAGUAGAGAAAGAGAAUUCACCACCUGCGGAACAAGCUGCUCGCAUUAAAGCAGAAAAGAUCAGAAUUGCUUUAGAAAAAAUUAAAGAAGCUAGCGUGAAGAAGAUAUUUAUUAAAGCUUUCAGCGCUGACAACAGUGCUAAAAGCUUAUUGGUGGAUGAAAGAAUGACCGUGGGUCAAGUUUGUCGUCUGUUGGCAGACAAGAAUCAUGUACCCAUGGAUCCUAGGUGGACACUUGUGGAAAAUAUACCAGAAUUGUUUAUGGAGAGGUUGUAUGAAGAUCAUGAACAUCUUGUUGAAAACCUAUUGUUGUGGGCAAGAGACUCGCCAAAUAAGUUAAUGUUUUUGGAAAGAGAUGAAAAAUAUGAUUUAUUUAUUAAUCCAGAGGAAUAUCUUCUAAUCGGAAGUUCCUCUGAAAAAGGAUCUGAACUUGAUGAUGAUGCAAAGACUUCCUUGUUAGAAGAAUUCUUUUCAUCGUCUAGUGUUCCAGAGGUUGAAAGUGCUCUUUAUUUAAAAAGUGAUGGCAAAAAAGCUUGGAAGAAGCACUUUUUUGUAUUAAGAGCUUCUGGUAUUUAUUAUUGUCCCAAAGGAAAAUCAAAAUUGUCUAAAGAUUUGAUUUGUUUAACAACAUUUGAAAUGAGUAAUGUUUACACAAGUAUUGGUUGGAAGAAAAAAUACAAAGCUCCUACAGAUUUUGGAUUUGCUAUUAAACAUCCACAGAUUCAAACGAAAUCGUCCAAGUACAUCAAGUACCUCUGUGCCGAAGAUGAACAAACUUUAAAAUUAUGGGUAAUGGGAAUACGUAUUGCUAAGUUUGGCCCACUUCUAAAAGAGAACUAUGAUAACCUUAUGCGUGAUAUAGUAGAGGAGGACUUGGAAACCCUCGCUCAUGCUCGAAGUUUCUCUGUGUCAUCUAUGGCAAAGACAUUGGCAGUGAGCUCAGAUAGUUCUGGCAGCUCAGGCAGUCCAGAAAGGCAAGAUAUUUCCUUAGAAGAUGUUGUUUUCUCUGGACCUCAUGCUGCUCCUCACACACCUGAGCAGUCUGAAGCAGACAUCUUGAGCAACCGCAGUUCGGAAUCCACUCCUACUCCUACACCUAUGGAAUGGAUCAGUUCUAAGGACCACAUGACUAGACACGAUUCUGUCAAGUCGAGUACGAGCAGUAGCAGUGGUUGCUUAUCAGAACGCUCAAGUGUGAGUACGCCCACAGCCGAGCAAAUGCCAUUCGAACCCUCGGAGAUACCAGUCGGAUCUCUGAAAAGAAAACCGAGUCUUACUCCUAAAAUUCCUCUUACUUAUACCACAAGAAACAUUGCGAAACAGUCUGAAGAUAAUUUCCAUAUGAUGUUAAACCGGGAACGUCUGACCCAUAGCAACAGCACUGCCAAUAAUGCAACACUCACAAAACCUUUAAACAAACGAUUUAGUUUGCGUCGAUCUCAAACAGAUGAUCAAAUAAUGGUGAAUGGAAUUAUGAAAAGUCUUAACAGAAAAUCGUCUGAAAUUGCUGCUUUGAAUUCUAGACUCAGUAAUCAAGAAAGGCAGUGGGGCGAUUUUACACUACCACCACCUCCUAUGUCUGUAAGCAGCUCAAUUGAGAGCCUUGAUAUUGCUCUUUUACCUCCACCUCCUCCAGAAGCAUUUCGAGGAAGUACGACCAGCCUAGAUUCUUUACCACCACCUCCCCCACCAUUAGAUUUAUCAGAAGAAUGCAGUUGGCCCAGCACUUCUAGCUUGAACUCUCUCCCUCCCCCUCCUUCACCCCAGUCCACACCUACCAGAGAGCGACUACAGAAGCAAAAUAGCCCAGAAUCCCCUUUGAGAUCUCUUCGAAACAUGCCACAAAAGACUGACAGGCGUAUGUCUGAGGCAGACAUCCCGCAUCAACCACUGUCCUUUCUUGCCGAGUUGAAACAGGGUGUAAGCAGCCUGUCCCGUGUUUCUAGCAAACCACCUCAACGUAGUCUGCUAGGUAAAGACAUUUGGAAACAAGAUCACUCUGGUAAUGUUACCAGUUUUGCGUGCCCCAAGAAUGAUCGUAGAACUAGUGUCCCCAUGACCUUAGAUAUUAUACCAGAUCUUCCGAGCAAUGCCAUACCACCACCUCCUCCUCCGCCUAUUCCACCGACGUCUACUAUACCACGUGGCAUGAAAUUCUCUGAGCGUCCCCUUCCGCCUGUCAGAAAGGAAGAAACUAGAUUGUCACAAGAUGGACCUGUCCUAUUCAGGAGAAAUCAGACACCUGCCACACUCCCUGGUCAAAAAGCGUCACGUAUCACGCCACCUCCUCGUACAUUUUUAAAGGACCUUCAGAAAGUCAUGGAAAAGAAGUGGAAAGUUGCUCAACAGUUAUCCGUGGAUUUGAGUUCUACUCCCAAUGAAAUUCUCGGCUUCCGCGACCAUUGCUACCUGCCUCCAAACUCUCAAAGCCAAACACUGGGGCCACCUCCCCCACCACCUCCUCCCCCUCUACCACAUACUUGGAGACCAAGGUCUUUGUCACAGAGCAUGAUGCAAUGCUGCAACUCUGCAGAAGACUCUGCUACUCCAAAGAAACGGCCACCCCCACCACCACCGAAACGAAGUGAAACGACUCAUUUAUCUCAGCGAUAAAUAUAUUUAAGCUAAUAGGGCUCAAUAUUUUUGGUGCUCUGGCUCUGUCUUCUUUCGGAAAGAUUUUUGGUACUUGUCCUUUAUACUGCUCACAUUUUUCUAGUCGCCGAAACAAAUAAUGAACAUAGUCUCUGUGCCAACUGUUGUUCACCUAUAUUCAAUAGUUACAUCUAUCUUGCCAUGACAUAAUAUUCUUUGGAAUAAAAAGGUUAGAAAUGUUUCUGUUUGAUGAAAAAAAAAAUGGCUCAGAACACAAUAUGAAGAUCUAGUAUUUCUACUUGUAAAUAAUUUUUUCUUAUUAUGCUUAAAAUCAAAUGCAAUUCUCUGAAUUGUUCGCUUUGCCCAUUUUAUGUAAAACCAUGAAUUUUUGCUUCUUUUGAAGCAAAAAUUAACAUCUUAGAAUUUGUUAUUUAUAAAUUUACGUCCACAUAGAACUGGUUCUCUAUUUUUAUCAUUAGAUAAAUAUUGUUUAGUCCAGUUGGAAUCAGUUUUGCGACUUGAAAACAACAUAGCCAUUAUAUAGGAUGAGUAUCGAUUUUUUGCACUUCAUCAUUUGAGGUUUAAAGAUGAUAAACAACGCUGACUUGCAAGUAUUUGGCUUGUCAAGGAAAAUAACGUUUUUUCUGAAUAUCUCAGAAUUUUUGUAUUGAAAAUUUUUUGUAAUGUUGAUUUAUGUAAACCUUCAUACUCUCGAAUAACAUUCAUUUUAUAAGUUUUUGUACUGCAACAAUUUUUCAUGUUUUUCUUUUUUCCAGUCUCAUAUAAACUAGUGUCAGAGUCUUACAUGUUUCUGUAUGUGUUAACUGCUCAUAUCUAUAUGAAGUUUAAAUCAUGUUAGAGAUAUCUAGUAAAGUAAGUUUCUUCUAGCUGAAAAACUGAAUGAUCGAUUUCAAGAAAUGAAGAAGGUGCUUUGAGAGCUUUUAAGAAUAGAUUAAGUGCUUGGCAUUAGUGUGUGUCUGAAAGGAUUAUUGAUUAGGAUGUAAUGAUUAUUUUUUUAAAUUUAUUUCUGUGAUUUUAUUUUAAAGUGUUGUCCAAAAGUCUCCCAUUCAACUCAAAAACACAUAUCUUACAAAACACAAGACAUAAUCUGCAUCAAAAUAUAUAUCUGAGGCUUCUAAUUUUUGAGGGGGACAAAAUUGAAUGUUGAAAUUUUUGAUUUCUGUUUUACCAAAAUUUAAAUCUAUGACAACACAUCAUUUUUUUUCUGAAAUAAAGAGACUUUUUCUAAAUUUUGAGGGGGGCAUAUAUUUACCCUUGCAAUCGUUCAUAUAAAAUAAAAAACACAUUUGAGUUAGAGAGCAGAGGUUCGUAAUUUUAGUUUCAUUCUCGAGUUUCCCAAAAUGGUAGUAAUGCUGCAAGAGCAGUAAUGCUCAAUAAGUAAUGUUGCAGCAAUCUGGUUAUUUUUUUUUUCCUCCUUUGUGAAUUAUGUAUCAAAAAAUUCUGGUAUCUAAUAUUGCACUGUUUGUAGUUUUCAAAUCUCACAUUAUAUAUUAUUCAAUUUUCAUGUGGGAAUUAAGUUUACCAAGGGUUAUAAAAAGAAACAAAACAUAAUUACCCAGAGAGAUAUUUCGCAAAAGAUACAGCAAUAUUUUAUCUUUUUCUCAACUCAAGAACCACUGGAAUUGUUACACUUGACAUAUUGUGGGAUAAGUUUAUGCUAUCCCGUGUUCAUAAAAUUUUGGAGACAGCUGAUCCGUACGAUAGCGAUGCCCGAACAAGAAUUUCUUCAGGUUCAAAAGCAGAUGGAAGUUCCUGGAAUGAUGAUCCUACAAGGUCCACCCACAUACGACGAAUUCCACGAAAAAAUUUGCUUCAUAAGUUUCUUGGCCAUAGAAAUCUAGACUAUUUCAAUCAGACUACUAUUUCAAUCAUGAGUUUUUUUUUUCAAUUUUGUCCAUUUGUUAGAUCUUUUUUUCGGUACUUGAAAUUUAAAAACGUCCUUUCCAUACCUUAACUAUCUGUAAUUGUUAAAAAGCCUUUCAAGUUCAUCCUGUUAAAUAAAAUAUAUGAAAUAAAAAUAUUAUUUUCUUUUAGAAAUUAUACUAUCUUCUAAAUUUAUAAGAUAAAAUAUUGUUUAGAGUAAGACAUAGUACAUUUAAGUUUAGCAGUGGAUUUUCCAUAAAUUUUUUCUUUAAUAAAGUGAUGGCAAAACUUUUGCUUUUCUAUUUUAUUCUUAAAUUUCUAAAUUAAAAAUGAAUUUAACCACCACCGCAAAUAAAUUAAAUAUAUAUACAUAAGUGCAUGAUUAAAUGAUAGUUGGAUCCCGAUAAAGUAUAUAAAUAUUUUUGCUUACACUUCAGUUUGUUUUUAGAAUAUCAUUUCAUUACCACUUGAAGAAAAUCAUAGUAUGAGAUAAUAAUAUUAAUAUUUCUUCAUUUUGGUAUCAUCAAAUGCUCAUCAUCAUAGAUGGCAAGACAGCCCAAUGUGGGCCAAUGCCUUCCUCUGAAGAUUUCUCCAUAACGACUUCCGCUAUAGAUCAUUAUAUCAUGAAAUGCUAAUAAAUGCAUUACAAAAAUGAUUUGUUGUAUUAAAAUUCUGUAAUACAGUGAGAUAAAAAAAAA